AAAAAAAAAAAAAAAAAAAAAAACCUCCUCAAGUGGCUAAGCGGCGAUCAUCUUCCCUUGAACCACCCGGCACGAGGCUGAACGUUAACCACACUCCCGUAUGUCAUCUCCUAGCUUCUUUAAACGGCGCCGAUUAAUUUGCUAUAAUCAGUUUUUACAUACAGUACCUGAGGUACAUACCUAAGCUUCCAAAGCCUGGAGAAACAUCACAACACUGCACAUCAUGAGCAAGUUUGGGGUCAUGGUAAUGGGCCCUGCAGGGGCCGGCAAGUCCACCUUCUGCGCCUCCCUAAUCACCCACCUGCAACUAAACCGGCGCUCCUGCUUCUACGUGAACCUCGACCCCGCCGCCGAGACCUUCGAGCACACCCCCGACCUCGACAUCAAGGACCUCAUCUCCCUCGAAGACGUGAUGGAGGAGAUGGGGCUGGGCCCCAACGGCGGGCUGAUCUACUGCUUCGAGUUCCUGAUGGAGAACCUCGACUUCCUGACCGAGGCCCUCGACUCCCUCACCGAGGAAUACCUCAUCAUCUUCGACAUGCCCGGCCAGAUCGAGCUGUACACGCACGUGCCCAUCCUGCCCGCCCUGGUCCGCUUCCUCACCCGCUCCGGCUCCCUCGACAUCCGCCUGUGCGCCGCCUACCUCCUCGAGGCCACCUUCGUCGUCGACCGCGCCAAGUUCUUCUCCGGCACCCUGUCCGCCAUGAGCGCCAUGAUCACCCUCGAGGUCCCCCACCUGAACAUCCUGUCCAAGAUGGACCUCGUCAAAGACCAGGUGCGGAAAAAGGACAUGAAGCGCUUCCUGACCCCCGACGUCGGCCUCCUCGACGACGACCCCGCCGAGCUCUCCCGGUUAAAAUCCGAGAACGACACCGAGGAGGCCACGGAGGCGUCGGACCCGCGGGACAAGCGCGCCGUCAUGCGCGGCGCUGGCUUCCGCCGCCUCAACAGGGCUGUCGCGAACCUCAUUGAGAACUUCAGCAUGGUCAGCUACCUCAAGCUGGACGUCCAGGACGAGGACAGCGUCGGCGCCAUUCUGAGCUACAUCGACGACUGCAUCCAGUACCACGAGGCGCAGGAGCCCAAGGAGCUGAAGGAUGACGAGUUUGCGGACGCCGAUGAUGAUGGUGCCAUGGAGAAUAUGGUUGGCAUGGAUGGCUGAGACGUGUCGUAUCAUAUCACUCACCCACGGUUCAGAUCAUGGAGAAAAAAAAAAAAAAAAGGUUUGUGUUUUAUGGUUGUGGGUGGCAGGACUACCUAGGGAGGGAAGGGUUGUUAUGUUACUUCACGUAAAAGGAAGGAUAAAUACCUACCUACCUACACAUGGAAGGGGAAAAUGGGCAUUUUGAUGGAUGGAUGGAUGGAUGGAUGUACAUACAUACAAAAGCAUAGCGACGGCGUACUGGCGGGUAGGUAGUUUGUUUUUUCAAAGGUACAUACAUUUACUGGAAGAUACCAACCAAUAUCAGCAAAUCAAAUCAAGUGAAUACAAG